UCUUUUUAAUGCUUUGCUUAGUAACCGGGAUCCUUGUGAGAACCUGGUUUGGGAGUCUGUGUUCUGCCGACUACGGGCAUCUUUGGAAGGAAACCUAGACACAUAAGAAGCACGAAAUGGUCUCCUGAGGUGACACUGGCCACAGACACCAACACAGACCCCAGCUGCAGCUGGACUACAGACCCAGACAUGGUCCUUGGCAGCAACUUAGGCCCAGAUGACAUCCUGGCUCUGCAUGGAAGGAAUGGCCAACCAAGAGCCAGUGACCUUUGAGGAUGUGGCUGUGAACUUUACCUUAGAAGAGUGGGCUUUGUUGGAUUCUAGUCAAAAGAAGCUCUACAGUACUGUGAUGAAGGAAACAUUUUUGAACCUGAUCUCCAUAGAGAAAGCACUAGAAGAAAAUACUGAAGAGGACUACAAAGAUCUCAGCAGAAAUACAGGAACUCAGGUGACUGAGAAAGACUGUGAAUACAAAUGUGAUAGUGACUGUGAUAAAAACCAGGAAUCUAUUCCAGAGAAUAUUGUCAAUAAAGAUAUACCUCCUGGAGUAAGAGUUCAUGGAAGUCCAUUGCAUGUAAGAAAUGUCAUUAGUUAUUCAUCCUCACAUGGAUAUGUCAGAGACCAAACUAGAGGGAUACCAUCUCUAUGUAAGGAAGCUAUGAGAAAAGCUUUUACACAUCAGAAACAUCGGAAAGAUAUCAGUCAUUUUGAAUCUCUUCAGGUACUUGAAACUCUUAAAGAGAAACCCUAUAAAAACCAAAAAUGUCAUGAGACCUCUAGGAAUCUCCCUUUUGAUCAGCCUCAGAAAAGAACUCACACUGGAGAUAAACUCAAAGAGAAUGACUUAAUGAGAGACACAUAUGGCCAAAAUGAUGAAGGAAUCCAUAAAGAAGUAAAACCCUUUGUAUGUAAACUCUGUGAAGAAUCUUUCAUUGAUUCCAGUGAUCUUAUCAACCAUAGUACAAGUCAUAUUGGAGAGAAAAGGUACAUGUGUAGGCAACGUGGCAAAACAUUUAAUUAUGCAAAAUGUUUUGAAAACCAUGAAGUAAUUCACAAAGGAGAGAAGCCUUAUGCUGAUAAAUAUUUUGGAAAAGCCUUCACACAGUUCAAUUAUCAUAAUAGCCAUGAAAGCAGUCACAUUAGACAGAAGCCUUAUGCAUGCAAGCAUUGUGGGAAAGCCUUCACCAGUUCCACUUACCGAAACAUUCAUGAAAGAAUUCAUACUGGAGAAAAGCCUUAUGUGUGUAAGUAUUGUGGAAAGGCCUUCACCAGUUCUGCUCAUCGUAAUAUUCAUGAGCGAAUUCACAGUGGAGAAAAACCUUAUCCGUGUAGACAUUGUGAGAAAGCCUUUAGUGACUUAAGUCGUCGGAACAGACAUGAACGGAGUCACACGGGAGAGAAUCCUUAUGCAUGUAGGCAUUGUGAAAAGGCCUUCAGUGACUCCAGUCGUCGGAACAGACAUGAAAGGAUUCACACUGGAGAGAAGCCCUAUACAUGUAAGUAUUGUGGGAAAACGUUUACCAAUUUCACUUCAUGUAAAGUUCAUGAAAGAAUUCACACUGGAGAGAAGCCUUAUGCCUGCAAGCAUUGUGGAAAAGCCUUCACCUGCUUCAGUCAGAUGAACGUUCAUGAAAGGGUUCACAGUGAAGAGAAGCCUUAUGCAUGUAAACAUUGUGGAAAAACCUUCAAAACUACUGCUUGUCGAAACUUGCAUGAAAAAAUUCACACUGGAGAGAAAGACUUUGUCUGUAAAACAUGUGGGAAACUGUUCAUUCAGUCUAGUGAUCUUAAGAAGCAUGAAAGAGUUCACUCAAAAGACAAGCCUUAUACAUGUAAGCAUUGUGGAAAGGCCUUCAGUGACUCCAGUAGUUGUUGCAGACAUGAAAGGCGUCACACCGGAGAGAAGCCUUAGACAUGUAAGCCUUGUUGAAAAACCAAUUUCUGUUUGUAUAAGGCUCUUGAAAUAGUCCACACUGGAGCGAAACCUUAUGCGUGUAAGGUUUACACGCUCAAGUCAUCUGAACAUUCAUGAAAUGAUUCACACUGGACAGAAGCCAAAUGCAUGUAAACAUUGUGGAAGAACCUUCAACACUUCUACUUGGUGUAACUUGCAUGAAAAAAAAAACCACACUGGAGUCAAACCCUUUGUGUGUAAAACGUGGGAAACUUCAUUCAGCCUAGUGAUUUUAACAAGCAUGAAAUAGUUAACUCAAAAGACAAGCCUUAUUUGUGUAAGGAUUGUGGAAAAGGCUUCAGCUGCUCUGGUGAUCUUAACAGACUGAAAUGCUGUUCAUGUCUGUUAAGCUUCACACUAGUUGGUAGCCUAAUGCUGGUAAGCUUUGUGGGUAACCUUCAUUAUUUCUACUUGGCACAAAAGUAAUAAAAACAUUCGCACUAGA